AUGUCUCGCCGUCUGGCUCAACGGAAGCGGGCGCCGGGGUUCAUUCACCUGCCGCCGCCUCCUCCAAUGCCGCUUUCUCGGCCUGUGUCCACCUCCACCACCAGCUGCUCACCUUUGCAACAAUUGAAUCCGACUUCUGGUCACGCGGGUCCUCACGAUAGCAGCAGCACAGGCACAGGCACAGAAGAUGUUAUUAUUCCUCUGACCCAGCCCGUCUCGAUUCCCGCUGCUUCUUCUGUCCACCAGAGAGUAUCCUCUCCUUAUUACUCGCCCUCUCAGAUCUUCCCAGCCUCCACUGCAAAUAAAAGCUAUUUCCCUGCUUAUUUAUCCCAAUCGAUAUCCUCAGCAGCUUCAUCCCGUCCAAGCUCUCCAUUAUUACAACAACAACAACUCUCACAACACCACCACCACCACCACCACCACCAGCAAGCUUCAACUCCUUCUCCUUCUGCUUCAACUCCUUCUCCUCCCCUUAACAUCCCUCCCAGGACUCCUCGUUCUCCUUCUUUCUUCGGUGCUGUUCCUUCUCCUCUAUCUCAAUCAUCUCAUCCUCAUCCUCAUCCUCAUCCUCAAUCUCAAUCUCAAUCUCAAGCUCAAUCCCAAUCUCAAGCUCCCUCUAUGUCCAUGACUUCUUCUGUCCGUACUCCCGGCCCAUCCGCCAGAACAUACCACGCCCAUCUCGCCCAACAACAACUCGCCUUCCAAAUGCAACAGCGCGACCUCAUCUUCCAAUCCACCAGAGCCACUUCUUCCGUCUCGGGUCCCAUCUCUCCCAGACUUAUUCCUCUUGGCUCUCCCGGCCCCGUUACUCCUCUUACUCUCGAAGACAAUCCGGCCGGUUACAUCAGUGCUUCUCUUUUAUCUCCUGCACUUCAACUCCAGCAGCAUCAUCUCGAAAAGCUAGCUGCCGCUGCCGAGAAGGCUGCCGCCGAAGAGGACCCAAAGUCUUCGUAA